UCCUGACCGCUGUGCCUCACUGGAGAGCUGCAUGAGUGUAACAACAAGUAAGUUGUGGUAGCUGACCUGUUGGUGUGGUGGCUAAACUUCUAUUACUACAUGCAUGAACAUCGCACGACAAGUCCUGAAUUGCUCCAGGUUCAAGUGCCAAUCAUUUAACAUAAACUGCAAGAGAAGGUUUUGUACUUCACAGCAUAUAAUGACAUCCCGGCACACCCACUCCAAAAGAAUUGAGGGACUGGACAAAAAUGUCUGGGUGGCGUUUACUUCAGUGGCAGCAGACCCAUCCAUUGUUAACCUUGGCCAAGGCUACCCAGACAUCCCUCCACCUUCUUAUGUCACUGAGGCACUAGCAAAGGCAGCAUCAGUGAACAGGAUGAACCAGUACACCAGAGGCUUUGGUCAUCCAACUCUGGUGAAGGCCCUCUCUCAGGUUUAUGGGAAGGUCUAUGGACGUCAGAUCGACCCUUUCAAAGAAAUCCUGGUCACAGUCGGGGGUUAUGGUUCCUUAUUCAGCACCAUGCAAGCACUGGUGGAAGAGGGAGACGAGGUCAUCAUAAUCGAACCUUUCUUCGAUUGCUAUGUUCCUAUGGUACGAAUGGCAGGGGCCAAGCCUGUGUUGAUACCGUUACACCUUAAGUGUGGAAAGAAGACCAUCACAAGUGCUGACUGGUUUCUUGACCCAGAGGAGCUUGCCAGUAAAUUCAACUCCAAGACAAAGGCCAUCAUCAUCAACACUCCCAACAAUCCUAUAGGGAAGAUUUUCACCAGAGAUGAGCUGCAGAUGAUCGCUGACCUCUGCAUCAAACACGACACUCUGUGCUUCAGUGAUGAGGUUUAUGAGUGGCUCAUCUACAGGGGCCAUCAACAUAUCAAAAUUGCCACUCUGCCUGGAAUGUGGGAUAGAACAAUUACUAUCAGCAGUGCAGGCAAAACAUUUAGUGUUACUGGAUGGAAGCUUGGUUGGUCAAUAGGACCGGAGCAUUUGAUAAAGCAUCUUCAGACCGUCAUGCAGAAUACUCUGUACACCUGUCCGACACCUUUACAGGAGGCUGUGGCACAAGGUUUGCUUCUGAACUAUGAGCUGAUGGGUCAGCCGGAGUGCUACUUCUCCUCACUGGCAGAGGAACUUGAGGGCAAGAGGGACCGCAUGGCUGCCAUCGUGCAGGAGGCUGGAAUGACUCCUGUCAUCCCAGAAGGAGGCUACUUCAUGCUGGUGGAUGUGACGUCUCUCAAUCAGGACCUGUCACAUAUCGUUGAUGAUGAAGCCUAUGACUACAAGUUUGUCAAGUGGAUGAUUAAAGAAAAGAAACUGGCCGCCAUUCCUGUCACAGCCUUUGUCGGAGAUGAGUCCAAGAAGCAGUUUGAGAAAUACAUUCGCCUUUGCUUCAUUAAGCAAGAUAGUACUCUGGAUGCAGCAGCGAACAUCUUGAAAAACUGGAGUAAGAUUUGAUAGGGAGCAGUGUCUGAAGACCUCAGCAUGAUUUCAGGGAGGAGGACCAUCCAUGGGGUCAAACUGAGGGUUCGGCAUUUGUUUACAACAUUGUGCACAAAUUGGGAAUUAUUGAAAUAUUUAGAUUAAAACCAUGAAUAGUAAAUUGUGUGUCCCUUAUUUGGAGUGUAUCCUGUUUUUAAGGGAGAGGAUCAAAAUUACGGAAAUGAAUUGUUGUAAUAAAUCCUCUCAGGUGUGAGGUGUGUAGUUUUUAUCGGGUAUAUCAGUAAACAACCCCUUAUUAAUUUCUGUUUUCACACUGUAUAGAUUUAGUCUGUUAAUAUGUUAAUAGUAAGUUAAUAUUUGCAUAGGGUUUUAAGAAUAGACACAAUAGACAGGAUAAUUUUGAUUUUUUUUUUUUUUUUACUGCUUUCUGUUUUAAUAAAUUUGCAGAAAACUUCUUAAAAUCUCCUUUUGCUUUGUCAUUAUGGGGUAUUGAGUGUAGAUUGAUCAGAAUUGAUAAUGAUUUUAGCAUAACAAAAUGCAACAUAACAAAAUUGGGGGUUUGAAUACUUUGUGAAUGCACUGCAUUAGCUUUCCAUUUGUCUUUAGGAAUCCUCUGUAAAUGUAACCACAAAUGAUGCAGAUCUUUGUUGUGCCAAGAAUGUAUUUUGUUAAAACCAAUGCAAUCAAUAA